AUGGCUCAUGAGUUCAUUUCCAAAGGCUUCCGGAAAUUCUGGAAUCGGUCCGAGAUUCGUGUGUCGGUUCUAUUUAGUCUGGUCUUACAAAUCAUUCUGGUACUUAUGGGAAACAAGAGGAAGUAUACAACAAAAAUAUGGCUUAGAUUCAUUCUAUGGUUGUCAUAUUUGUUAGCCGACUGGGUAGCAACGCUAUCUAUUGGUGUACUAUCAAAUUUACAAGGGAACGAAUCAGAGGAUGACUCUUCCACGAGGCAAAUUUACACUGUAACAUCAUUUUGGGCUCCUUUUCUUCUUCUUCACUUGGGUGGCCCGGACACCAUUACGGCUUAUUCCUUAGAAGACAAUGAGCUAUGGUGGAGAAACUUUGUUACGCUUGGGGGACAGCUAGUAGCUGUUCUCUACAUAUUCCUGAAUGCUUGGUCCAAUAAUAUUCUCAACUUACUUUCUAUUCCGAUUCUUAUAGCUGGGCUAAUCAAGUUUGGUGAGCGUAUUUGGGCUCUGAGGUGUGCAAGUAGUGAAUGCUUUAGAAAAUCCAUGUUCCCUUCUGCUGAAGCAGGGCCAAGUUACGCAAGGCACAUGGAUGAAUAUUUGUCUAAGAAAGAUGAGGGCUUUAAGGUCUCUAUCGAGACAACAUUUGAAGUUCCCACGAUUGGUCACACUCAUCAUCAUCAUCUCCGCACUGUCAUCCGCCCAAACAGCAUAGUCCCAAAUGCGCAUAACCUUCAACACGCGCAUAAAUUCUUCACCAUGUUCAAACCCCUUUUUGCAGACCUUAUCCUCAGCAUCCAUGACAUAGUACACAGUCAAUCUUUCUUCCAAGAAACAUCUUGUGAUGAAGUUUUUAGAGUGAUAGAGAUCGAGCUGGGGUUCAUGUACGACUUGUUCUACACCAAAGCUCUUAAAUUUAACUCUGGUCUUGGUUGUUUUACAUGUUUAGUCACAUGUGGUUGUGUGGUUUCUGUGUCAGUGUUUUUCUUGUACAUUGACAAACGACAUUACUAUACAGUAGAUAUAGUCAUCACCUAUAUAUUGCUGAUUGGAGCAAUUGUUCUUGAGAUAUAUGCUGUUGUUUUAAAACUCUGCUCUGAUUGGACAAUGCUUUGGCUGAGCAAGCUCAGCAGCGGUGCUGUUGUGACUUAUUUAUACCAAGCAAUUUCUUUCAUUUCAUCAUCUACAAAACAGAGCAAGAGGUGGUCUAAUAAAGUUGGACAGCACAACCUUAUAAGUUUUUGCCUCAAAAAGUCAGCUGAUAAGUAUUGGUUUUCCAGCUAUUAUGACAAGUUGAUGUUCAAGUACUGGUAUGAUAGACCUAGUAUUGCAAAAAAUAAUAAGUUGAAAGAACUCAUCUUUGAGCAGCUUCUGACUAAAUCAAAGAGAGACAGUGCUGACUGCAAAGAAUUAUGUGAUCAAAGGGGUGAAUGGGUUCUCAAGAAUGAGAAAUGUGACAACAUAUUUGGAUGGAGCGUUAAAGGAGAAUUUGACAAGAGUAUCCUUCUUUGGCAUAUUGCAACAGAUCUUUGUUAUGAUGAAGAUAGUGAGAGCUUAAAUGGUGAUUCUCGUGGGAAGUGUCCUUUAGGGGAGCUGAGCAAGUUGAUGUCAGAAUAUAUGUUGUAUAUUCUAGACUUGAGACCUUUUAUGCUGCCUAAUGGAAUUGGGCAAAUCAGGUUCCAAGACACAUGUGCUGAGGCCACUGAAUUCUUUAAAGAAAGAAGAUCCAUAGCUAAUGAAGGUAGGGCUCGAGGAGGAUUGUUAAGAGUUAGCACUGAAAUUUCUCCUUCCAAAGUGAAAAGAGGUAGAAGCAACACGGUGUUGUUUGAGGCCUGUAGGCUUGCGAAAGAGCUGCAGAAAUGGGAGAGUACUGAGAAGAAGUGGAGUCUGAUAAACAAUGUUUGGGUGGAAAUAUUAUGUUAUGCAGCUAAUCAAUGCCAAGGGAAUCAUCAUGCUCAACAGCUAAGACGAGGUGGAGAGCUGCUCACUCAUGUAUGGCUUCUUAUGGCGCAUCUUGGUAUCACCAAACAUUUUCAAAUUGCAGAUGAUCAUGAAAAGGGUGUUAAGAUGAGUUUUUAUUGAAACAGAACUUGUCAUGGUGAAACAACUUGAUUUUCUUAGUGACAGAUUAUUAUUUGUAUUUUCUUUUUA